AUGGAUAAGAAUAAGAUGAAGGAGAGAUACUCUAACAGGAGCAUCCGAGACGAUCGUGGUCCUCGACGAGACGAUGAAAGAGAUAGGACUAAGCAUCAUGAGAGGUCUCACCAAGGAAGUAAGGACAAACAACCGAUGAGUAAGAGGAAAGAUAGAGAGGAAUAUAAUGAGGCUAGGGCACGAAACAAGAUAUCUAGAUUUUGUGGUGAUGAGAAGAGCAGAUUCGAAGAUGUGGCCGCUGAUCAAGUCAGUGAGGGUUCCGUUUCUCUUGCACCGGAAGCUUCUAGUGUAAUCUCUGAAGCUAUUAAGCGAGCGCAGGAGCAGGCAGCCUCUAUGCGUCAAUUUGUUUCGACAGAGACAGUUGUUGGGCAUAAACCGACCAAGGAGGCCCAUGUUCAUGUUCUACGUGUGGAUGCACUUGGAAGAGAGAUAGAUGAACAUGGACAUGUGAUUAGUAGUGUGACUAAACCAAGCCAUCUUAUUACAUUGAAGGUUAAUAUCAACAAACACAAGAACGAUGCUUUGCAUAUUCUUAAACCUCAACUGGAAGUAGAUCCACAAGAAAACCCCCACCAUUAUGAUCCAAGGAUCGGUAUUGAUAAAAACAAGAUCUUGAGACCUAAACGUAUGAGUUUCAAGGUGAAGCAAGCACAUCCGAAAAAGGCAAAGGAUGAUGAUAUGUAUCCAAACUUGAUAGAAUCAUCUGAACCUGUCCCAAGAAAAGAGAAGCUCGAGGAGCCAAUGCCAAUCCCAGAUCAUGUUGAGUGGUGGGAUGCAGAGAUCCUCACCAAUGACACCAUUACUGAGUUACUGUCGGAUCCAAAUAUCCUCAUCAAUGACGCCAUUACUGAAAGCCAUCUCAAGAUAGAAAAAAUUACUAGUAACAUUGAGCAUCCAUUUCCCCUAGAGCCACCUGUGGAGGCAGCGUCUCCACCUCCCCAGCUGCUUAAACUGACAAAGAAGGAACAGAAGAAACUGCGAACCUUGAGGCGUGUGGCAAAAGAAAAGCAGAAACAGGAGAUGAUUAGACUAGGGUUGCUUGAACCACCAAAACCAAAGGUGAAAUUGAGCAACCUAAUGAAGGUUCUUGCGUCUGAAGCAACCCAAGACCCAACCAAGCUUGAGAAAGAGAUCCGCGCAGCACAUGCCGAGCGUGAACAGGCUCACACUGACAGGAACACUGCGAGGAAGCUAACUCCUGCAGAGAAACGUGAGAAGAAAGAAAAAAAGCUCUUUGGCGAUCCAGCAAGAGUUGAGACGAUUGUGUCGGUGUACAAGAUCAACAAGAAGCUGUCGCAUCCCAAAACAAGAUUCAAAGUGGAGAUGAAUGCAAAACAGAACGUAUUAACAGGGUGUAGUGUGAUGACGGAGGGAAUGAGUCUUGUUGUGGUUGAGGGUAAAAGCAAAUCAAUAAACAGAUACAAGAAACUGAUGCUGAACCGUAUAAACUGGAAAGAGGCAGAAGAAGAAGAAGAAGAAGAAGAAGAAGAAGAAGAAGAAGAAGAAGAGAAUGGUGGAAACAAGUGUUGGUUGGUUUGGCAAGGAAGUGUUGAGAAAUCGAGUUUUCAUAGGUUUCAUGUACAAGAGUGCUUGACCGAAUCUGCUGCCAAGAAAGUUUUCACGGAUGCUGGUGUUGCCCACUACUGGGAUCUCGCUCUCAAUUACUCAGACGACUAA